AUGAACAGACGACGAUAUAACCAAGCCUCGGACGCGGAGCUACCUUGUCCCGGGAGCACCGUGGCGGAUUUAUCCGCUCUGGAGGGGACCACUGGUAAUGACUUAGCUAUUAACACGGACAACGCUCUUGACAUUCCUAAAAUUACUCCGUUAGAUCAAGGGAUAAUUUCGACCUUUAAGGCACAGUACAUCAAGCGAACCUUCAGGUAUAUUUUAGAACAAAUGGAAAAUGAUGAAUCGCUCCCAAUUAUGGAUGCUUGGAAAAAAUUUACAAUCUUAGAUUGUGUUAAGCAUAUUGGAGUAUCAUAUACCGAAAUUAAGCAAUCAACGCUCAAUGCCUGCUGGAAAAAAUUAUGGCCAGAUGUAGUUGAAGGUGAAAAUUCUAGAUUACCAUUGGAACAUGAAUAUUCUCAGAUAAUGGAGAUGGCGCAUACAAUAGGAGGAGAAGGUUUCGAGGAUUUUGCUGAGGCAGAUAUUGUAGAACUAAUGGAGGACAAAGAAUUAGAUGAGGAUGAUUUAGUGGACAUGGUUAAUGAAACAAAUGAUCGUGGCAGUGAUCCUGAUGAAGCAGAGUCUGAACCAGUUGCAUUCACAGCAAAAGUCAUCCGUGAAGGACUUGAAUUAGGGCGAAAAUUGGGUAAUCAUUUUCUACAAAAUGACCCGAAUGUUGAACGAGCUCUCCUAUUUCAGCGAGAUAUUAAUAAACGCUUAACUCAAUAUGAGGAGGUCUAUAAAGAUUUGAUCAAAAUCGAAACACAAUUGUUAAUUACGGAUUUCACUACCAAGGUUCGCCCAUCUGAAGUUGUUUCUAAUUCAUCUAAUAUCGAACUUGAAUCGCAUCAACCACUAUCGAGUGAUGAAAGUGAUAUCAUACCAAUCAGGAAUAAAAGAUUAAGAGUCUACGAAAGUGAUAACAGUAACUAA